AUGGCCUAUCCUCUGCAAGCAGAUUCAGCAAACAACACCCCCACAACACCCCCCCCCUCCCCCGGGAAGCCCCUCGGAAAGAACUGGGUUACAGGGUUUAUUAAGCGUCAUGAAAGCAUUAAAAGUCGAUUUGCACGCAAGUACAACUACCAGCGCGCUCUCCGCGAGGAUCCUAAGGCCAUGACGAAGUUGUUUGACAGCCUAAAAGCUCUGCGAAAGAAUAACGCUAUCCAGCUUCAAGAUAUCUACAACUUCGAUGAAACUGACUUCGCUAUGGGCCUAAUUGCGACUACACGGGUUGUCACAAGGGCUGAGAUGCUUGGUAAACCCCAUCUUAUUCAACCAGGCCAGCGAGAAUGGGUUACUGCUAUUGAAUGCGUUGGUUCAACUGGAUUUGUUGUUCUGCCUUGUAUUAUUUUCAAGGGCUGCCGUCUUUAUCACCGCAAUGACUUGGUGAGAGCGCGCCCCCAUUCUCCCAAUUCCCAUCACUUGGUCCAAUCUACCCCCGUCUUGAGCUCAAAUCCACGUCUGAUCUGA